CGCCUUCGCGCUGCCGCGGCCGCUGCCCUACCAGGGCGCCGCGCCCGACGCGCAGGACCAGGAGAUGCUGGCGCUGCUGGGCGAGGCGGCGCCCGACGCGGCCGCGCCCGACGUGGCGGCCGAGCUGGCGCAGCGCCUGGCCAUGCUGGACGCGGGCGCGCGCCAGCUGCGGGCCGAGUGCCGCGAGAACGCCAAGACGCUGGACGCCGCCGAGGCCGAGCUCAUCAAGCAGAUGGAGGGCAGCGACUCGCAGUGGGACGUGAGCGGGCUGUUCGGCGCGGCGGGCGGGGGCGCCAGCGCGCUGCCGGCGGCCGCGCCCCCGCUGCCCGAGGACCAGGAGGACUACUACCUCGCGGUGAGUCUCAUGGUCGCCGACUGAACGUUUUUUUUACGAUAUUCAUUUGUUUUAUUUUCAUCUUCAACAACCAUACAUGGGAAACGUAUUUUUCCUGCUUCUAUUGGCUAUGUGCGCGACGGUGGCGACGCGUAGCGUUUACAACAUUUGCGGAUUAUUUGACAUCUGUCAAAUAAUAACAAUGUAAACAUUAUAGUUUUCUUUGGAAAUAUAAAAAAAACCAAUGAUUAAAAUAGUAUUGUUGACAUUAUUUUAGUGCAAUUUAUUGAAUAGUUUUACUGUAAAAUGAAUAUAAUAAUAAGAACCGGGUUCCAACCACAAACUGAGACAAAAGGCAAUAAAUUAGUAUUAGCCGAGCAGAAUUUCCAGAAAUUUGGAAGAACUGCGACAUAACGUCCAGAGCUACUUAAUACGAGCUCACAUAAUUCGUCAGACAUCUGUGACACUAACACCAUACAAAACCACUUUAAACGUGAGUAAUGUUUACG